AUGACUUCGAACGAUCUUGUUAAAAGUAUCCUACAACGAGAUGUUGAUGAACAAGAUAGAAUAUUGAAAUCAACUGAAGUUACCAAACCAUGUCCAGUUGAUGUCGAUCUUGGUAAUCUACUAGUUUGGGAUCCUAACGUAGUCGAUCAACAAGCAUACAAAGAAAAUCGAGAAGAAUAUAUUAAAAACACAAUGCGUGACAAUAUGCAAUUGUUCGUCAAUGCGUUGUGGCAGGUACCUAUCGAACGACAUGAUAAUACGGUAGUGGCCAAAUUACCCGAUGCAAAGACGGUUGUACCACGAGAAAAACCGGUUCCUAAACCGAAACCUCUAACUAAAUGGCAAAAAUUUGCUCAGAGUAAAGGCAUUGUCAAACGAAAUAAGAGCAAAUUUGUUUGGGAUGAAACGAAACAGGAAUGGGGCCGUCGUUAUGGCUACAAAAAGGCAAAUGACGAUACGAAACCAUGGCUCAUCGAAGUACCUGGCAGUGCUGAUCCGAAUGAAGAUCAAUUUGCUAAACGGCUAGCAGCCAAAAAGGAACGUGUAGCCAAAAAUGAAUUUCAGCGCUUAAAAAAUAUCGCUCGUGCAAAUAAAAUAAAUGUUCGAAACGAUGGUGCUAUUAUCAAUAAAAAGUCGUCGACCAAUGAUGUGAAAAAAGCUUUAGCAACAGCGAAAUAUUCUGAUGCUAGUAUGGGUCAAUUUUCUGAACAGGCAGCGCCUGAUGAAGCACGACAAACACGUGGAUUCAGCAAGAAAAGAAAAUUCGAAUCUAAUUUAGGAAGCUUGAAAAGUGAAAAAAAUAAACAAUUGAAACUGUUCGAACAAAUGAAUUCAUCAACAGCGAAAUGA